AUGUACAGGAAAGAGGGCGGUCGCGAGGAGGAGCCGACCAACGCGGUGGAAGAAGUGCAAGGCGUGCGUACUGAACGCACUUGCUGUUGCCUCGGCGUGUUGGUGGGCGUCUCUCUCAUCGCCGCCCUCGUUGCAGUGAUCCUAAUGAAGGACAAAACCGUCGAGGUAACAGUGCUCCGGCAAGUUCACGUGCUAAUGUCCCACGGCGAGCGCACGCCCAGUGAACGUGAGCUGGCGAUGCUGGGUGCUUCUCCGCCUGAACAUGUCUUCGCACCUUACGGUGCUGGGGCAUUGACAAAUGAAGGGAAGAUGGCAACUUUUGAAAUGGGCGCAUUACUUAGAAAAAGAUAUAAUGAAUUUUUAGGACCUUAUUACGACGAUGGGAAACAUUUGGUGAUAACUUCAGACACUGAUCUCAGCAAAGUGAGUGCACUGCUCAUAUCAGCAGGCCUGUGGCCGCCGCCGACAGAGCAAAUGUGGAAUGACACCAUGGAUUGGCAACCGGUGCCUUAUUCUUAUCCUGCGCGGGACCAGGAUUACUUGCUUUACGAAGAUAACUGUCCGCGUUACAAUCAAGAGAAAGAAAGAAUAUUGCAGGCUUUCACGGAGGAAGGUCUGCUCGCACCUUACCGCGACUUUUUCCAUAAGAUAGCAUUAUUAACUAACACUAACUUCAGCACGCCGCGAGAAGCUUUUUACCUUAAUAACCUAUUCAGAAUACAGGAUGAUAUCAAAGUAGCAAAUCCGAAGUGGGCGAAACACGUUAAAAGAAAGCUAAUGGAUGUCGCCAGGCUCGAAUUUAUGAUGAUGUUUCAUAAUAACCUUUUAAGAAAACUCAGUGGUGGUGCACUUCUUCACGAGAUAUUGAGAGAGUCAUCAGUACACGACGCGGCGGCUCCACGUCCGGCCCUGGUGGUUCGCAUCGGAUCCCCAGUGUCCGUGGCCGCGCUGCUGGCGGCCUGCGUGGCGCCGCCGCCGAGGCUACCAGACCCUGGAGCCGCACUUUUAAUAGAACUACACGAGAAGCUCCCUAACAACAAAGACAACCAUGACGCUACCCAUGCCGUUGCUAAACGUUUAGGGUUUAAGAUAUAUUACUGGGAUGACGACUCAGCGGAGCCACGCCUUAUAGAAGUUGAGGGCUGUGAAGCUUUCUGUUCAUUAGAGACAUUCAAACGUUUGACUCAGCACGUGAUAUCUUUGGACUACAAAAAAGAUUGCAAACCCAUAUCUAUUACAUCAGCUAUUGAUAAAGACAGUUCUAAAGAGGAAGUAAAAGUGUAA